UCGGAGCAUUUAUCCGGGCUUGAACCUAGUCGUAUGGCAUUGAGAUCCGUCCGUGUACGACAUGCCACACGAACCCCCACCGUGCUGCCUCUUGACAUUCCGUGCGCCAUCCAGCUGUUGCCUCCAGGUACCCAAAGGGCGGUGUGGGAUCGGGAAGAUGAAUGGAUCAGGAAUUCGAACCAGAGGGAAGAUCAACGCAUCUUCCGUGGACAGGGGUAACCGAAGUACACAGCUACAACUUUUGUUUGACACGACGAUACGAUACCCGACGCUUCGACGUCCAGAUCGACUUGUCUCUAGAACUCGAACCGAGGCCACGGAGAGAUAGUUUACGAUUUUCGACGAGCUGGAUUGUUAUAACAUUCUCUCUAUCAAUCAUCAUGCAAUAACCCCUAUCUGAGGACUGCUCGAUCACGUCCCUUACACUCCGCUAGAUACCAUAACACCGGCCCAAAUCAAGGACACAUUCAACCCCAGCCUUACACCAUGUCGUCCCCAUCGCUGCCCCGGAUAGAGAUCAACAUAGACUGUGCCGAAUCGUUCGGUCACUGGAGUUGUGGACCCUCGGAUGAGCUGUUGAUGCCCAUGAUCGACGUCGCCAACGUCGCCUGUGGUGGACACGCUGGUGAUCCGGUCAUCAUGCGACGGACGAUCGCCGCCGCGAAGAAGCAUGGGAUCAAGGUUGGGGCUCAUCCUGGAUUCCCAGACAAGGUCGGGUUCGGUCGACGGCUUUUAGUGAUGACGCCGGAACAGGCUUAUGCAGAAGUACUAUAUCAGGUCGGAGCGUUAAAGGUGUUCCUGGACGAAGCCGGUCUGCCGCUCAACCAUAUCAAGCCGCAUGGAAUGUGGUACAUCCUGAUGCAAACCGACGAAGCUUUCAACGACGCAACCAUGCGAGCCAUCAAACAUUUCAACGUCCCUCUCUACGGUCUUCCGAACACGUUACAUCAAACCGGAGCUGCCAAGCACGGCAUCCCUUUCAUCCCCGAAGCAUUCGUCGACCUCAACUACUCGAACGCUGGCCAUCUUCUCGGGGUGGCCCAGAGCAACCCGAUGACUCCAGAAUAUAUCUACGGGGUAACAAAAAAGCUGGGAACGACGGGGGUCUUGCCGAGCGUGACCGGUGAGGAGCUGGACAUAGGGGUCAAGGGAGGACCAUUCUCGGUGUGCAUCCACUCGGACUUUGAGAAGUGCGUGGAGAAUCUCAAAGCGGCACGGAGAGCGGUGGACGAGGUCAAUGCCGAGCUGUAUACUGGGCGAUGACACUGGUCAGGACCGAGGGGACCGAGAUAGCUGGAAUUGGGGAUAGCGGACCCGAGACGGAACAGCGAUCCUACAGUUGAAGAUCGUUCAUACAGCAUGGCAACGGACAAUGCCCUGACUGGGCCAGACAGUCGCAUCUUGCAUGCACACCAUAUUGUAGUGUAAAAACAAAGCAUCCCUUCGAUCGUGUCCUGCGCUCGACUGAGAGCGUCUCAACGAUAUGCCCUUGAUGCAUCGAGCUCUUACGCAAACUGUCAGGAUCGAGCUCGCUGGCCUCAUGAUACAAUUCGAAAAGGUUGUUCCUCGUCAAAUUGCUAAGCCCAUCUGGGUGUUCUCUGUAGGGGUCGUAUCACUUCAUAGUUUGCUCUUCAUGGUACUC